GGGAGAUCGUGCUUGAACUUUGGAUAGAAACGUCUGUGAGGGAAACUGGGAUCAGAACUGGGAUCUAGUGCGGCUGGUUCAUCAGCCUGAGCUGUAAUGGCUGGAAUGACUGGUUUACCCUGCAGGCAGGUCCUCAGGAACCCCAGAAGGAACUUUGCUUUGGCAAAGAGCCGUCUAGAGGUCCUUCAGAUCUACCGCCUGCUGCAGUGGAUUCACAAAGGAGACAAGGCACAGAUCAAGAAGCUGCUGAAGCGCGGGGUGAAAAAUCUCAUCAACCUCACAGAACCACGGGAAGGCUUGGGGGCGCUUCAUCUGGCAGUUAUAAAGAAAAAUGAUGACCUUGUUGAUUACCUCCUCUCCUUUGGAGCACACCCUGACGUCCAAGACAUGUGGGGCCGCACACCUAUCAUGUUAGCUGCUGAGCUGGGGGAAGAUGAGAUUUUAUCGCUGCUGCUCCAGAGUCAACCAGACAUGAAGCUUGUGGACAAAGAAGGCAAAGGUGUGCUGUUCUACUGUAACUACCCUACUAACUGCCACGCCCGCUGCCUAAAAUUGGCCCUGAAGAACCACGCCGAUCCUAACAAUGUCUCUGCCAAAGGCCUUCAUGUUCUUAAAAUGAUGUGUGAAAAAGCUGACGAGCGUACCCCCUUGUGUCUCAUCCUGCUAGAUGCUGGGGCAAACCCCGAUGCAGCAGAUGAGGGAACUGGUAUGACGGCGCUGAUGGAGGCAGCCAGGGUGGGGUCCUUGCAAGUUGUACGAGAGAUUCUCAGGAGGGGUGGCAACCCCAAUGCUCUCGAUAGAAGACGCAACAACGCAGUACAUUAUGCUGCCAAGAGUGGAUGUUUUGAGGUCAUCCCAGUGCUGUCAGCGUUUGGAGCAGAUUUGAGUGUGAUUAACAUGGAUCACUGUACGGCUUUACACUACGCUGCUGCCACAGGCAGCGCCAGCUCCUGCAAAUUCCUAGCUCAGAGAGGUUGUAACCCUAAAGUGAAGAACGAGGACGAUUUGCUGCCGCAUCAGAUUGCCAAAGCCUCCGGUCACAAAGCAGCAGCCAAGGAGCUGCGGAAAGCAGAGAGGCAAUAUGGGAAGGGCAAGAAACCACAUGGGAAGGGCAAGGAACAACAUGGGAAGGGCAAGGAACAACAUGGGAAGGGCAAGGAACAACAGGGGAAGGGCAAGGGAGCGGACAGUAGCACAUUGAUGUCAAGUCUGUGGGCCCUGACCCUGCAUGAUUGGUCAAAUGAGUCUGAGGCGGAAUUACAGGAAGCUUUUGGAGAACAGUUGGGCACAGUCGACGCAGAGACCUUCAUGUCUGUGUUGGUAAAGCUAAAUGCUCCGGUUGAACCAGACCAGCUCCAGAUGAUCAUCUCGGCCCACAACAAAACAGGAGAGGGCAAAAUCAAUGUGAACGACUUUAUCAAAGGCGUCAAAUACAUCAAGAAAGCUUUCCGGCUGUCUGCCUUCAUGCCUAAUAAGUUAAAGAGAGAAAAAGGAGUUAAGGGAGGUAAGAAGAAGACAAAGGGUGAGUUUGUUCCCCCCUUGCCUAUUUGCACCCUCGUACCAGAGCUCCAGCCCAGGCGACCCGAUGGAGGCCCUCCUCACUUCAUGAUUGAGAAGUACGCCAACAUUUCAGAUACCCUUCGCUUUGAUGCUGACCACCCGCCGCUGCAUCCCAUAGUCAAUGACUCAUGGUGGUACAUAACGAAGCAAAACAAGAUUUACACCAACAUCAACUACUGUGUGAGGAAUUUAGAUUUGGAGUCUCUGGACCUCGCCUUCAGUCAGGGCGUGCCUGUGGAUACUCAGGAUGAAUUUUACAAGACCCCGCUGACGGAGGCCUGCUCCAGUGGUAACUAUGAGGUGGCUCAGUACCUUCUGAGCAAGGGGGCCGAUGUAAACUUGUGUGACCAGUUCCUUUGGACCCCCCUGCACCAUGCGGCUCACGCGGGACAUUUGGAAAUUGUGGAGCUUUUGGUGAAGGCAGGGGCUGCAGUCAAUGCAAAUGCUCUCAGCGAGGGCACGCCACUCAUGAGAGCCAUUCAGAGCUCCCGUUUCGCAUGUGUGGACUUUCUCAUCAAGGCAGGGGCCAGAGUUGAUGCAGAAAACAAGAAAGGACAAAACUGCCUUGAAAUGGCCAAAAACUUUGGUGACCCACAGAUAGUGCAGCUGAUACAAGACAAGAUGGACUCUCUCACAGCAGCUAAAAGCGCUAAAGCAAAGGCAGCCAAAGCUAAACAGGCUAAACAGAAGGUGGCUAUUACAGAGGGGGGUGUGCAGAGUAAGACAACAAGCGGGACUCCAGGGAGGACCCCCACACAGAUUCCCUCGCAGAACAUCGUCCUCCAUAACAGCAUGAUCACUGCAGGAAAAACAAACAGAGUGGAUAUCAGCUUUGUGCCAAAAACCGUCUGGGGUGAACCGCCCAACAGCAGCCAGCUGAUGUCAAACAUAGAGAGGCGAAAGGAGCGUCUAACCCUGGAGGUGGACUUUGAUGACCUGCUGAUUCCUGUUAGCCAGCGCUUCCAGACCAGGAUCCUGGAGAUAAUCAAACCAAAGACCCAACAGGAGGAAAGCCAGAGACAGAGACAAGUGUCAUAAUAAUGUUACUCAUCUGAUGUUGUCAUCAUUGUUGCUUACUUUAAUCUACUUUUUUAUCAUACUUGACAUAUAAAAGGAUAUCCAACAUUCUUCUAUCCCCAGAGCUUUGGGAUUUUAUUAGCUUCUGAAUGACAAAAAGCAUUGAGAUGAUGGGAAUGUGAUUAAUCUUUAGAAUAAAAAUGUCCUUUUAGUGUUCCUUAUUUCCUUUUCGUCUUUCGUUUAUAGCAGUCCCUUUCCAAAAUACUU